GCCCUGAGGGGCCGUGAGGGGAGCGGGCGGUGCGCCGGGGCCGCUCCGACCUCCGCGGCCGCCACAGCCCCCUCAGAGACCCCCAGGGGGCUGUGCCAGGGGAAUCUGCGAGCGGGGAUCCUCCCGGGGCUUCCUCGGGGAGUGAAGGUCGCGCUGAGGGCGGGGGGGGCCCGCCGUGAGCGGGCCGCUGUUCCCUGUGGGAAGGAGCCUCCUACGCCUUCCCCUUUGGCUUUUCCAUCGCCUGUGCGGGAUCCCAGCCGUGUCCCCUAUGGCCUGUGAUGGCCCUGUCGCCUGUCGUGACCCUGUCGCCAGGCCGGCCCCCAGCCCGGCGGGGUAGGUCCAGAUAAACAGAGUGGGAAUAAACACGGGCUGGGCGAUGGCAGAAGGGAGCGAGGUGCUGAGCCAGGAUGGGUUUGGCCGAAGAAAAAGUGUACAGCCACAUUAUGAGGAACCUCAAGCAUUUCGGGACUAUCCAUGUGGGGUCGCUGGCUGAUUCCCUGACCUGCCUGGUCGAUUCUGACAGAGAUGAACUCCACGCCCGGGAGGAGAUGCGGGGCAGCCAAGCCACCGUGUUCAAGUUUUAUCAGCUCCUGAGGUGCCGGAAGGACUGGGUGCAGGAUCUCAUCCAAGCCCUGCGCCACAACAACGCAGGACACCUGGCUGAUGAGGUGCAGGAGGUGUAUGACACCUGGAAACCCCGUCCCUCAGCUCCCGCUGCUGACUCCUCCCUUCCCAGCAAUGCCCGUCCCGCUGCCUCCUCCAUGAGUGCCCAGACACCAUCCCUGCGGCCGAAUUCUGCUCCGGGAGCCCCGCUGGCUGAGCAGCCUCGCCGGGACCUGCCCGUUGGUGACCAUCCACCCGUCCUGCCCAGUGCUGCCACCACCACGAGCACAGAUCAGGAGGCCAGAAUUCCGGUGCAGGAAUCGCUCCCCAAAAAACUCCUGGAGCAAGAGAGUCUCCAGCCAUCUCCACCUGGGAGCACAGUCCAUGUUGGAGCGAGCGGAGAGGGACACCUCUCCCACCCUGGUGAUACCACGCAGGGGUCAGUGGGGACCCCCAGGGUGGCCAGUGUGUCUGUGCCAUCGGCCGUGCCCCCAGAGCAGGGCCGGGACUGGCUGAGCCGCCGGCCGGUGUGUGUGGACAACGGGUGUUUUGGGAAUGCCAACCACCUGCACCGCGGGGCACCGGGCCUGGCGCUGGGCAGGGCUCUUCCAGCAAGGGAGCCCAGUGCCACUCACAGCCCCGAGCAGCCCCGCAACGAGCCCGAAGAGCACUCGGACGAAUCCACAGAAUUUCCCGCUCGUGGCGUGGGGCAGCAGCCCCCAAACUCACUGCCAAAAAAGCAGCCUGUGCUGAGCUCUGAGCCCCCGAGCAGCUUCGUGGAUGUGCGCAGCCCCCUCCUCAUACAGGAGCAGUUUGAUGCAGAGAAGAAGCGGGUCCAGAUGCUGCAAGAGCCCGGAGGGGAUGGAGACACUUCCAUGGGAACAACCACCCUGGUUGCUACCCCUGUGCCCAGAGGCACUUCCCCAUCCUAUGGCACCUCUGUGAAAUCUGUACCAGAGAAGAAACUGCCCACUGGGAACAGAGCUGGCAGCACCUACUCCGUGCCGACAGAGAAAGUGUUCCCAGCCUCGGCAGCCCCUCUCCUAGGCCCAGCUGUGGUGGGAAGCUCCGAAGGCACGGCUGGGAGAUCGGCCUCCCGGGUGAACUCUGGCACGAGCAUCUGGGCUCCAUCCUGCAGCAACGCAGAGGAGGAUGUGGAGCUCAGCAAGCCGGGCGUCCUCACCUCCAUUGCUUCGGGGGACACAGUGGUGCCUGGCAGAUGCUCGGGCUCUCAGGGGCCCAGCAACCCCAAUUCUGCCACCUCCGACAGCCUCGGCCUCAGCAGCGACCCAAUCCUGGUGAGCAGGGAUAACUCGGAAGGAGCAUUCUCCAGAGGCUCCUUGGCUCCAGUGGCUCGUGCAGACCCCGGGGGACAGGAGGCAGCUGGAGCAAGCAGAGACUCCCGUUCCACUCCGAGCUGGGACAGCACCUCCCUGGGCACCCAUGAGGUCCGUGUGGAUCAUUACCCCAGCGUCCAGCUUGGAGCCGGCAAUGAUGGAGUCGGUCCGCUCGGAAGCUCUCCGGAUUUCGACUCCAGCAGUGGCUGUGGCGCUGCCACCAGCUCAUCUCAGGCCAAGGUCCCUGCGGGGGACAGCAAUGGCCCGUCCCUGCCGUACAUCCUCCCGGCCGUGGGCAUCGCUGUCAUCUCUGCCGUGGCAUUCCUGGUGUACACUCGGCUCCAGAAGUAGCAGCCGGGAUGUCACGCAGCCGGGACGAUUCCUCUGGCAACAGGAUUCUGGCCAACGCGUUUGAAGCCUGAAGAGCAGCGGGGGAAUGGUAGGGGUGUGGUUAAAUCUCUUUCCGCAAGGUUCUGCUGGAAGAGGCCUUGGUACAGGAUGCUGUUGGGUUUGGAUCUGUUCCAUCCAAUUUCCCAACCAUCUUCUUUUUACACCCAUGGAGAGGGUCUCUCUCCAGGGCAAUCCCUUGAGUCAGAAAAGUCCUUGUGGCGAUUCUCCACGUCUUCCUUGUUCGGUCCUAGGAGGCCCCAGGGAAGCAUGCACUGGUGAUCCAAAGGGUGACCCCCUGGGUGCCUUUGGGCAGCGCAGCCAGGAGCGGUUUUGCAGAUAUCCUGUAACAUUGGAGCUGGUUUUCUUGGCUCUGCUCCUCUCAACUUGAAAACAUUCCUGAGGAUUGGUGCAGGAGCCUUCACCAGGUGUCUCAUGUUCAGUUUGCCUUACUUGGUAUCUCUGGCUCUGCCAGGCACCUUUGAGGGGCUCUGCAGCUCCUUCUGGGAUCCCUCCAUGCGGCACUGACCAUGGGGAUAAACAGGAAGGUCAGGAGAGAGCCGCAUCUAACCAGUGUUCCUGAGGAUGGGCCUCCUUGCACCCCCUCCAGGCAGGGAAUCGGGGUUCUACUUUAAGAGGAAUGUUUCAGGCAAUGCCAGCAUUAAGCAGACUUGGUCCUACACAGGGUUGUAGGGUGUCUUUGAUCUUUAAGCUGGAUUUUGGGAACGUGGCUGGAAGGGUGGAUGGAGUUCUCACCCUUCCUGAUACCUGCUGCUAUGGUAUAGGAAUAUAGGAACCUUGUGCCCAGGCUGGGACACAAACAGGAUCAAUUGCACACUGCAGGGAGGCCAUACAGGGGUCUGAGGUGCUCUGGGCCCUUCCAGCACCUUCCAGUGCCUUAAGGGGCUCCAAGACAGCUGGAGAGGGACUUUGGACAAAGGGCCUGGAGGGACAGGACAAGGGGAAAUGGCUUCCCACUGCCAGAGGGCAGGGAUAGAUGGGAUAUUGGGCAGAAAUUCUUGGUUUUGACGGUGGUGAGGCACUGGGUGGAACAGGUUGCCCAGAGAAGCUGUGGCUGCCCCAUCCCUGGAAGUGUUCAUGGCCAGAUUGAAUGGAGCUUGGAGCAACCUGGAGCAACGCUCCUAAUUUAGGUUAUUGCUUCUUCCCUGCUCUUCUGUGUUACAGAACCACAGAAUGGUUUGGGUUGGAAGGGACUUUAAAGACAAUCUCAUUCUAACCCCCUGCCAUGGGCAGGGACACCACCUUCCACUAGCCCAGGUUGCUCCAAGCCCUAUCCAACCUGGCCUUGGACACUUCCAGAGAUGGGCCAACCAGUCAAACCUCUCUGGGCAGCUUGUGCCAGUGCCUCACCACCUUCACAGGGAAGAAUUUGUUCCCAAUAUCCCAUCUAUCCCUGCCCUCUGGCACUGGGAAGCCAUUCCCCCUUGUCCUGUCCCUCCAUCCCUUGUCCCAGGUCCCUCUCCAGCUCUCCUGGAGCCCCUUUAGGCCCUGCAAGGGGCUGGAAGGUCUCCCUGGGGCCUUCUCUUCUCCAGGGGAACCCCCCCAGCUCUCCCAGCCUGGCUCCAGAGCAGAGGGGCUCCAGCCCUGGCAGCAUCUGCAGGGCCUCCUCUGGACUCUCUCCAGCAGCUCCACAUCCUUGUGCUGUUGUUCCCAGGGCUGGAGGCAGCUCUGCAGGGGGGAGGGUCUCACCUGAGUGGGGCAGAGGGACAGAAUCCCCUCCCUCAAACUCAUGUGUCCAGUAACUUGUCCUGAAUUGCUGCUGUCAGCACAGCUUUUCAAAAUCCAUCCUUCCUGCUGGCAGGGAGCAGGAGGGAGGUCAUCUCCCUGGAGCCUGGCUGCCAACUGCAGCCUUUGUGCCCAGAGCUGGGCCUGCGGUGGGAAGAGUCCAUCAGCUCUCUGAUGGAAUGGCUGCUCCUCCCCCUAACACUUUCCCUGUGCCCAAAAAUCCAAGAAGUGCCUCCAUAAGCCACUAAGGACAAUAAAUACAUGCAGAGACGUGUUGAUUCCGGUGUGAUGGGGCUGCUCUCCCAGGAGAACUCGAGAUGUUCUUUCCUUGCUCAGCGCCCGGCGCUGUACCCAUGAGAGGACGGAACAGUCCUUAUAAACAGUCAGCCAGGAGUGGGAAUGUGGGGGCUGCUCUCCCUGUUUAAGACAACAGAGUUAUCAUUCCCUAAAAAGAGGGGACACUUGCCUUCUCCACACUUCAUGGUACUUCCAUGAGAUCCCAACCAGCAGCAUCCAUACCAAGGCUGUCUUCUCUGACGCUUUACUUGCCUGCAAAAUUCUUCCCGUGUUUUUCCAUAUUUUAUAGCAACAGCUUCUCUGCUUUGCCUUUUGAUGUCAAAUUUCUCCUGCGAAACAGCUGGUUUGUCACCACCCCAGACCAGGGAGAAGCACACAUUUGGAUUUCUGCUGUGAAGUGCCGGGAUUUUUACAGUCGUUACGUAGCACUUUAAAGCCCCACGGGGCAGGAGAUGGAGCAGGAGGGAGCUGUGUCCCUGCACAUCUUUUACUAACAGGACAAAAGGCCUUUUACUAACUGUAAUAAAUUGGUUUGACGCUUCA